UUCAAGAAAUGUUACAACCAUUUUGUAAACAAAAACCCAGUGCGCGGCGGAUUUUUUCGCGGGCGACAUGUGCGUGAAAGUCGAAAAAACGGUGGAUAUUUUCUCUAAGUAGGAUUAGACAUCUGUGUACUUAAAAUGUGGGUGGUAGUACUGUUUACGUUCGUCCUGACCUACUUGAUAUAUUACUGCUGCUUCAAGCCUUACAAUUAUUGGAAAAACAGAGGUAUUACCUACGAAAUACCUCUGCCAGUGGUGGGGAAUUUCGGCGACACCGUCUUCAAGAGAAAGCACGCCUCUGAAGUCUACAGCUAUCUCUACAAGAAGUAUUCCGAUGAAAGAUACGUUGGGAUUUACAUCUUUAUGAAACCCGCGCUCCUAGUAAGAGACCUAGACUUAAUAAAGAGAAUAUGCUCCGAAGAAUUCGACCAUUUCACGGACAGAGUAACAAUUUUCGACAAAAAAUUCGACAAGGUUGUAGGCAACAACCUUACAAGUCUUAAAGGGAAAGACUGGCAAGAAACUAGAAUCUCUCUAAACCACCUAUUCGGCGUUCCACAAAUUGAGGGUGUGUUUGAAUCUAUAUCGAACUGUGCGGAAAUUUUUUCCAAUUAUUUCGUGAGAGAAGAGAAAGACUUGUUAGAAAUUCAACUUAAUGACGUGUUCUCAAGAUACGAAUGCGAUGUGAUAUCCAGAGUUUGUUUCGGCAUCUCCAGCAAUUCUUUAGAAGAUGGAAAUAACGAUUGUUUUAGGGCGUAUAGGCAGCUGAAGAGUUUUGGUGCCUUGGAAAGGCUGAAAUUGUCGCUGAUACAGCUGUGUCCAAUUCUAGCCAGAAUUCUUCAGAUAAAAGUAUUUGCCACCUCCAAAACAGACUUCUACAAGAAGAUGGUGGCGGAAGCCUUGCAAGGCUGCAAAGUAGGAAAUAAAAACAGGAACAAUUUCCUGAAUUACAUAGUAAGUGCUAGUAAAGGAAGAGUAAAAGACGAAAAUGGAAAAACGAAAGGGGAUCGAACUGUAGUAUUCGCAGAUGAUGAAGCAGAAGGUGGAGACUUAGGGGACCAUCCUAAGAAAGAGUGGGAAGAGAAUGAAUUAACAGCCCAUGCUGUGAUGUUUUUAAAUUCACAUACUGGGAUAGAAGCUGUUUUAUCGGCUAGCAGUUUUCUAGCGUAUGAACUAGCUUUAAACCCGUCAAUCCAAGUAAAGCUCCAAGAAGAAAUCGACAAUGUACAAAGCGUAGAAAAUCCCGUAACUUACGAAACAAUCUGUAAAAUGAAAUAUUUGGAUUGUGUCGUUCUAGGUAAUUUGGCAGCUGUUAGAACGUUUGAAAAUCUCAAAUUACUGAAUAAAUUAGUACAGCAAACAGCAAUGUCGGUGUUACUGCUAUUUGCAACAUUCAUAUUAGUGGGAAUUUUUUACUAUUAUGUUGUCACGCCUUUAAAUUACUGGAAAAGUCGUGGAGUUGAACAGGGUAACCCCAUAUGGUUAUUCGGCCACUACUGGAAAAAUUUUAUAGGAUGGAAAAAUGGCGCUGAAACAUUUCAGGAAAUAUACAAACAGAAUCCCGAUUUGAGAUAUACUGGAUUUUACCGGUUUUCCAGUCCCACUUUCGUAGUAAAAGACCCGAAAUUAAUAAAGAAAAUGAUUGUUGAAGAUUUCGACACUUUUCUGAAACAUCCACAGUUUAUUCCUACACAGGCAGAUCCCUUAUGGGCAAACCAUUUGUUCAAUCUUACAGGCUCAAAAUGGAGAUGUAUUCGUACUAUCCUCAACCCCUGCUUCACCAGCAACCAAAUAAACGAUUUGCUUCCACAAAUGAUAAGGUGUGCAGAUAAUCUCACAUCACACCUUUCGAGGAAGAACCAGGAGGUAGUGACCCUAGAAAUAGGAGACACUUUCUCUCGCUACGUCAGUGACGUGAUAGCCACCAUAGUUUUCGGGGUUACAGUGAACUCGUUUACAAACCCAAACAACAAAUUUUACGAAUUAAGCAAUAAGAUUUCGGACACGAACAGCUUCUUCAAGACCUUUGGACUAAAGCUGGUUUGGUUUGUACCCGCAAUUAAAAACUUUGUGAAGAUGCAGGUUUUCCCUGAUGAUGCCGCCGCAUAUUUCCGCAAGAUUGUAGAUGACAACAUAAAAUCUAAAAAAGAAAAAGACACAAUGCCACCAAAUAUGUUGCAUAUCUUCACGGAAGCAAUGAAGAACGGGCAAACACGGGAAAAUAUAGUAGACAAUAAAGCAGAGUCCAAUAGUAUAGAUGAAAUAGCCCUGUCUAACGAGGACUUAAUGGCGCAAGCUGUAUCUUUUUUUAUUACUGGACUCGAUCCAGUGGCUUCUUCUAUAUCUUUCACUGUUUACGAAUUGGCUGUGAACCCAGAGGUCCAGAAAAGACUUAGGCGGGAAAUCUUCGCUACCCUGAAGAGCUGUGAGGGAAAACUAACUUACGAAGCCCUGUUGGAUAUGAAAUACUUGGACAUGGUUGUUCUUGAAAGCUUCAGGAAAUGGCCACCAUACACAAUAAUAGCUAGAGACUGCACCAAACCUUACACCAUAAAUCCAGUUCUACCUGGAGAAAAAGUGGUACGCAUAGAAGAAGGAAUAGAAAUUAAAUUGCCCGUGUAUGCCAUCCAGCACGACCCCAAGUAUUUCCCCGAACCAGAGCGUUUCGAACCUGAUAGGUUCAGCGAAGAAAAUAAAAAGAAUAUCCACCCUUGCACUUACUUUCCUUUUGGCUUGGGCCCCCGUACCUGUAUCGGUGCUAUGUUGUCUCUGGUAGAGAUAAAAGUGAUGUUGUUUCAUCUUCUGCAUCGCUUCGAAAUUGUUCCCGUGGAAAAAACAGCCGUGCCAUUGGUGUUUUACAAGAACACUAUACUCAAUUUAAAACCUGUAGGUGGCACAUGGCUUGGAUUCAAACGAUAUGAUAGACGACGUGAAUCUACAUAGAAACGAUGAGAAGUAUUUUUACCGUUGUAUGUGCUUAAAUUACUCUCUAAAAUUAGCAAAUAACGUACGAAAACAAACACAAUUACAUUUAGUUGUAAAAAGA